AUGACGAAGUGUUACUCAACUGUGACCGAUGAAUGCCAGAAGGCAGUUGAAAAGGCUAAGAGGAAGCUCAGAGGUCUAAUCGUUGAGAAGAACUGUGCUCCGCUCAUGCUCCGUCUAGCGUGGCACUCAGCUAGGACUUUCGAUGUUAAGAUCAAGACCGGAGGUCCAUUCGGAACCAUGAAGCAGCCUGCUGAGCUUGCACACGGUGCUAACAACAACCUUGAUAUCGCCGUCAGACUUCUCGAGCCGAUUAAAGAGCAGUUCCCCAUCCUUUUCUACGCUGACUUCUAUCAGCUUGCUGGUGUUACCAAACUCUCCAGUCAGAUGCCUCUUCAAGAAUGUGGUCUUUCCAAUGCCUCCAUCGCCAACGAUGAUGAGCUUGAAGCUCGGAUAAUCAACAGUAUCUUGGUUAGGUAA